GCGCGCACUCGGCGUGAAAGUGGGUUUUUGGCACACCUCUGACGUCACCGCCGCUCGUCACCUUCUCUCGUCUCCACUCGGCGUUAAUCUGUGGAGGAGUCUGAAGCGUCUGUGCGUGUCUCGGUGCCUGUGCGCUGAGCUGAGGACUGGAGGAUCAUUAGCGCUUAUUAAAGGAUGCUGCAUGGGUUCACAGCGCUGCAGUGGCUCUGCUUCCUGUCUUUCCCACCCUGAGCAUGCUGGACAACUAAAUCAGGACUAAUAGGGGACUAAAGGAGGACUAAACACGCACCGAUCCACAUCAAGGAGGAGUUUAUCAUUCCAGUCAUUAACAAAUAUACCCACACGAGACACUCUGCACUUCAUCAUGUCGGCCAAAGAGAGACUUAAAGCCAGCAUGAGCAAAGAGAGCGUCACUCUGCUGCCCUGCUUCUACUUUGUGGAGCUCCCGAUCCUGGCCUCCUCAGUGGUCAGUCUGUACUUUUUGGAGCUGACAGACAUUUUCAAGCCUGUGCAUUCGGGCUACAGCUGCAAUGACCGGAGCCUGAGCAUGCCGUACAUCGAUCCCACCAAGGAGGUCGUACCAUUCCUCAUGCUCUUCAGCCUGGCGUUUGUAAUUCCUGCAGCCACGAUUAUGAUCGGAGAGGGCAUCCUGUACUGCUUCCAGGUCAAAAGAAGGAUCACCAUAAAAACCGAAGCCAACAUAAAUGCUGCUGGCUGUAACUUUAAUUCCUACAUCCGCCGGGCUGUGAGGUUUGUGGGUGUCCACAUCUUUGGCCUGUGCAUCACAGCCCUCAUCACAGACAUCAUCCAGCUGUCCACAGGGUACCACGCUCCCUACUUCCUGACAGUGUGUAAGCCCAACUACACCAUCCUCAACACCACCUGUGAUGACAACGCCUUCAUCGUGGAGGACAUCUGCUCAGGCUCUGACUCAGCAGCCAUCAACGCUGGAAGGAAGUCUUUUCCAUCACAACAUGCCACCUUGGCUGCGUUCGCUGCAGUGUACGUCUCAAUGUACUUCAAUGCCACCUUAACUGACUCCUCCAAGCUACUCAAGCCCCUACUGGUCUUUUCCUUCAUCAUGUGUGCAGUCAUCUGUGGACUGACUCGCAUCAUCCAGUUCAAAAACCACGCCAUGGACGUCUACAGUGGCUUCCUCAUUGGAGGAAGUAUCGCCGUCUACCUGGGUCUUUAUGCAGUAGGUAACUUUAAACCCAGCGAGGACACGUCCCUCCGCCAGCGACCACGUCCACACCCACGUCCUCAGCCCCCACCCAUGCAGAUUCCCCCCCAGCCUCAGCCGAUCAUGCCUCCUCCUGCCCUCCGUGAGCCCCUGCGUCCUCUCCCUAACCUUAACACAGAGCCCCCACGCCUCCUCCAGCCCAAGAGUCUGAGUGUAAGAGAGCGUCCAACUUCAGCUCGCUCGGAAAGCAUCCUGCUUAGAGGACCUCACCGUGACUCUUCCUUCAGCCUGAAGAGAGCCAGCACUGAGCUGGAAUGUAUCACGGCUGCUAGCCAACUGUGCCAGGACAGCAUGGUGACCUUUAGCAACACUCUGCCUCGUUCACACUCUAUAGGUGCGGACGACCCAGUGCCACGUCGUCAUGCCGCCAUCCAUGCUUCCAUGGACUCCACGCGAUCCAAGCAAUUGCUUUCACAAUGGAAAAGCAAGAACGAGAACCGCAAACUUUCAUUGCAGGCUGGAGAGGGUCCUGAGGGGGGCAUGGAAGUACGCUGCAGCUCUGAACCCACUGCCAUGGGUCUGGAGGGGCCACCUGGACAGUAUAUGAAGAUGGCUGCCAGUGUUGUACCAUUAGCUAACCACAAUGGUGGAGGUGGUGGCGGAGCCAGGGUGUCCAUCCAAUCACGGCCAGGCUCGUCACAGCUAGUACACAUUCCUGAGGAGACGCAAGAGAAUGCAUGCUCAUCUCUGCAGGAGGACAGCGAGGAUGUAAGUGAUGGCGGUGGAGGAGGAAUGGUCGGGAAUGCGAGGGCAAAAUGGAUGAAGAUGGCAGAGAAGAGCGCCCCCUGCAGGACUAACAGCCAGCCACGUAUAAUGCAGGUGAUUGCCAUGUCUAAACAGCAGGGCAUCAUUCACGGAAGCCCCAAGAGUGAGGGAAGUGCUGUUAGCCGCACAGGAUCCAUCCGUUACAAGGCACUGACAGAGCAGGACCCUGGCACAGGCAUCGUGCAUGUUGAUGCCCAUCCGGAAAACAAAUCCAAUUCAGAUGCCGGUGGGUCUUGGAGGUGGAAGGCACCACCAGAGCGCGUCAGUGUGCGCCAGUGCUUUGAGCUCAACGAUCUCAACCGCAACUCAGAGAGCUGCGAUUCCCUUAAGGACGGCUCUGUACCUGACAUGAGCAACCCUCAUCAUCCACACUUUCACCAUCAUCACCAUUUUCAUCACCCACACCAACACCAUCAGGCCAUCACCACCAUCCGUGUGACACCGGUAGAGUCGAGCAGUGAAGCUGAGGCUGCCUCCGAGACGCUUUCUCUUGCUUCCAGCCGUGACUCCACCCUGCGCCGCAAAAACGUCAUCCUGCUGCCUGACCGAGGCCCGAGUCCAGACAAUUCCAGGAACCUGCCGCACUUUUUCAAACCAUCACCUACGCCUCCUCCCACUGUGACCUUCAAAGAGUGAACUCGAGCUCAUUCCGUCUUUUUGUUCCAGGGUGGCCUUGCUCUCUUACCUGACUCGCAGUUCUCUGGAAGGACAGAUGGGAGUCACACUGGACAUACAGUAUAUUUCCUUUUGACCUGUACUGGCUCCCUCCAACUUUGUAAGGUGGCGUUAUGUAUUUUCACAUUUUUUGACGUACUGUGACAUUGAAAAAGCACAAAAGUUCAUUUUUUGCAACUGUUUCGCAAAGGUGGUUUUGUGGUUUAAAGAAUUACACUUUUCAUUUUAUAAUAAUUGAUACUAUGAUACAUGAGGAAUCUUUUUGUCACAGAUCGUGUGUUCACUACCUUGCCAGUGUUUUUGUUUUUCAUUUUGUUUUUUUUUUUCAACUCUGAUUGUGCUUAACAGAUAUGUGUGUUGUCUCAUAUGGCAACAUGUGGGUGCUUUAUGAAAUGUAGUUUCAUACCUUAUCCAGUGUGUUGGUAUAUUUUUCUCAGUGUAAACAUUUGUAAUGGAACACAUGAUUCAAAAUCAUUAUUACAUCUCUGCUAAUGGCUAAUAAUUAUCCUACAUGUUGCUUUUAAGGCCUGUAAGGAAAAGUGAUUGAGUCAUAGCGAUAGUGUAUUUACCAAAUUUUGGGACAUGGAGUGGUGAAGGUUUGAUUCAGUCUCCCAUACACACUGUGCAUUGUGUUUGCCAUUCUUUUUUCACUUAGGGACUAGGUAAAUGCCUUUCAACUGUCCUGAGGAAGGUUUUGCCUUAAGACAGGUGUUGAAGUGCCGUAGAUGAGGUUCAGACACAUCUCACCUUAACCACACAUUUACCUAUAUUUUCAAUCGAUUCACAGUAGAACUACACAUCGCAUUUAAUAUUCAAUUCAUAUUAGAAUUAUAUAUUUUUUCUUCUGUUCUCAUUUUGUUUUGGAAAGCCUGGUUUGUUCCUCAGUUGUGGUUUGAGCACAUACGUGAAAUUGUGUUUUCUUGAUUUGGGAUGAUGGGCUGAAUAUUUACAAUGACGUUCCUGCUGAAUUUGUUUUCUUCUUCCCCGCUUCUCACCUGGCAAGCUGCUCCUCCUCCUCCACCUCUCUACGGGUGUUUAUAAAAAUCCAAGCACCCUUCACAAAGACUCCGGAAGAAGCACCGGUGAUUUAAAACUCUUUGGUUGAUUUUGACACCUGAUUUUUUUUUGUCCUUCCUCCACACUGCAGGAACCAUCUGUUAAUAAUCUUUUUUCAUAGAGUGCCUCAGAGAGAUUUAGAGUUAUUGAUUUCUUGCCUGUCGAUUACUGUAUUUGUCCAAACAUUGUACAGUGUUUCCUCAGUAUGGUGCAAAAUUAACAGACAUCCUAGACACAUUUAGACACUCUCCUUUAGAUGGAUUAUGUCGCUUUUUGAGAUUUUUUACGGGCCUGAUUUCCUAGCAUUUUAAAUGCAGUGUUUUGCCAGAGAAAAUACCAUAUUUUCUGGAAUUUUCUAUGAGAUGGCCAUUUGUUAGCGUUUUUAUUAGUAGAUAGGGUAGUUUGCAAUCAUAAGAUUGCUGCUAACAUAUCAUUAAAAAUCCCUGAGUCUAGCAUGUGUCUAAACAUUUGCCUUGUCAUCUAUAAGCUUCUUUAGCAAGUGAAAAUGGCAGCAAGUACAUUUUGAGAAAAUUAUGUAAAGAUUAAAAAAGAACAAAACAUAGCUUUGCUAGUUGAAAUCAGCAUUAUAAUAGCAAUUCAGACAAACAAAAUAAGACAAACAAAAACUCUUUCAGACUCUUUCUGUAUCUAACAGAAAGGAGAAGGCAGGACUGUUGCAAAUGCUUCAGCUCAACAUACAAUGCUGUAACACUAAUGGGACAAAAGCUUAAAUAGACUAUACCAAUAAAAGUGUCUGAUUUGUGAGGCAUAACAAAUAUUAUAUUCGAAUUUAUACCACAGCGCAGUUGAAUUCUUGAAUCUGAAGCUGUGGCUAAUUUGCUAUAACAGCACGGCUCUGACAGUAGUUCCAGCUGUAGUUCAAAUCACAAAUUUGCAUUAUACAACAGUUAGGUCCAGUCCACUAAUUUGAUGGACAAGCGGAAUUCCAAGAGUGCUGAUAUUGAGUAUAACAGCACUGGUACAUUUCACCGUUUGUAUCACUCCGCUUGUCUGUUUUCGCUCCAUAAAAUUCCAAUUCUAGCAAUAGUUUGCUAUUAGUUUUUUACAUUGAAACUGUUACUACACUUAUUAUGGGCUGUCAGUCAGUCUGUGCGUUGCAUGGCAACAUGUAGUGCUCUAUCCACGUAGUGGCUAUUUUAGGAAAUAUUUACAUUGACGGACCAAAAAUAAACCAAAAAAUAUUUGGUCAUAUUGUGUCGGUUACUCUAUAUUAAUUUCUUGUUUAUAGAACUGUUGUAUAAAAGCAAUAUCACACUCACAAUUGUGCAGUUGUACUGAGUAUCAGCAUGACUCUGAUUACCCGCAGCCUCGUACCUACAGCCGAAUUACUGCCAUGCUGAUUUUUAGUGCAAUUGUACUCUUGCUUGUGCGAUAUUUCUUAAUUAAUUCGCUCAUUCUAAUACGUUAUUGUUUCUAUAGUAACAGCUAAUUCAACCACAAUAAAUGGUUAAAACUUUGAAUGGUUAGAAAGCAUGUCAUUUAUUAAUAAAUUAAAAAUUGUAACCGUUGGCAAAUCGCUGUAGUAUAAGAGGAAUAAAACACUUCAGGAUGCGCUGAUAUAGGAAAAUAAUCCACUUCAGGCCAUAUCACAUCAACACGUCAUGUUUUAUUCCUUACAUAUUCCAUUAUAUUAUUAUAUAUAAAGUAAAAAUCGUGAUACAUCCUGAUUAAAGUGACUGCUACUACUAGAAUAAAGUGACCAUUAGUGACUUUUUAAGCAGAUAGAAUUUAGCGCCAUGUGUCUUAUAUUUUGUGGAGAUCAUAUUUUUUGUCCAGAAAAUAUGGUAUAGUUAACGUGCACAUGAUUGGUUGUUGGAGUAUUUGACAGUGAUGACAUGAGUAAAGAAGCACAUCGUCAUGGUGAGUCUAACACUUAGAGAGAUCAUACAAUGAAAGCGUUCCUCAUCUGUGAAGAAUCUUCUAAAACUGUGCAUUUCUACAUUUCUACAUUUCUAAUCCUAAACAAUGCCAUAUACAUAUUUAUAAAAUGAAAAAAAAAAAAUAGACUGUAUUAAUAACCCUAAUAUCUUCAACAUGGUCAGAGAUGAAUUUAUUCAAUGUACAGGAUCAUUUAUAUAACUUAAUCGCUUAAGAUUUUUAUGAUUUUUUUUGUUGUUGUUUGUUUUUGAUUUGUUCAGAAUAAGAUAUCACGGAUAUGUGUAUACAGAUUUUUCAAUGGAGUGUACGUCUUAAAAAUCAGAAGUGAUUUAAUUUUAGAAUUUUAUACAUGACUGUACAGUAUAAAUGUACCCUACUCUAAGGCUUUAACCGGAUCUUAUAGCUGCAUGGUCAUUUGAUACGGUACGUACUGUAACUACAGUUUCUGUUCUGGUUUUGUACAUGAUGCCUUUUAUGGUGGUGGUCAGUACCUUUAUGCUCUGCCAUACAUUUUAUCCAAUCAGCUGAGUAACCACUAGAUCUUUGUACCAAUGUAAAUAGAUAUUUGUAACUUUGAGAGAGCUCAUGUGGUGAUGUAAAUUAGAAGAGAGAUGUUACAUUUGCAAAGUGUUAACCUUUCAUAUGAGUAUUUGUUUAAAGAAAGCUCACAGGGUGCACAUUUAUCCGAGUGCCAAAAAGAAACACAUUUCUUUUAUUAUUUUUUCUUUGACAUAGCAAUGUUAUAUGUGUGAGAAAUGGCUUUUCUGAGUGAAGUUUUAGAACAAAUAAUCGAAUAUAGGGUUUUGCUCGGCAGUGUGUUUUAUUUGGGGACAAUAUAUCUUAUACAUAUUAAAAUAAAUGUUUGGUAUCAAGGUUAAGUUGAACUGAUUUCAUUUUAU